AUGCUAAACUUGUAUAAAAUUGAAGGAUUUGAAUGCAAUAGCGUGACACGCGCGGGGCGGCGCGGGGGUGGGGAGUUGGUAUACUCGCGAACGCAGCUGGCCGCACAGCCGUGUGUAGCGCCACUGUCCGCGGACAUGCGCUCGGCAGAGUACGUAAUGGUCAAGUUUGAUCAUGGGACAGAACCCACUUAUAUAAUAUCUAUCUAUAGACCUCCUAGAAUAAAUAAAAAAGACAAGGUGACAGAAUUUCUUCACGAAUUUAGAUUACUUUUAGAAAAUUUGCCAUCAAACAACAAAAUUAUAUUCUGUGGAGAUAUUAAUAUUAACUUAUUAAACUCGUUAGAUACAUCGGUAAUCAUUUACGAAAACUUGUUAGCUGAGUUUGGAUUUACAAAGUGUAUUCAUAAUAUCACUAGAAGGGAAAUUUUAAAAGGAAAUUUAGUAGAAUCUUGUUUAGAUCAUAUAUACAUUCGUGCACCUAAUGCAACCAUUAAUUCUGCUGUUAUUGAACAUAAAAUUUCAGACCAUUACUGUAUAGCUGCAGCUUUAGAUUGGAACUCACGGCCGCGAACAUCAAACCGCGUACGCGCCCGCUCCGCUCAUGGCGGUGGGGCCGUACCUCAGCGUCCCGCGAUUUCUACGAAUCCCGCGCACGUGACCCCCGCGCCCGCGCAAGUGGCCGUUUCCCGGAAUUUAACUCGACGAGUCCUUGAUAACCGCGCGGUACGCGAAAUGUUGCUAUGCAGUAAUUUUGAUGAUUUAAUGCGUAUAGAUUGUCCUAUCAAACUUUAUGAGGCUAUUAGAAAUUUAUUUACCAAUAUUUAUGAGAGUUGUUAUAUAAGUGUAAAUAUUAAAAAUAGUAGUAAUAGUAAUAGAGGUAAUAAUAAGUGGAUUAGUGAAGAUAUGAAAAAAAUAAUGUUAGAAAGAGAUAGAUUAUUUAAAAUUUGGAGUAAUGAGCCUAAAAAUAUGAUAAAGCGUCUUAACUAUACGACUUAUAGAAAUAAAUGUAUGAAAACUUGUUUAAAGCGUCGAAAUGAAUAUGAUAAACAGUGUAUUUUAGAUUGUAAUAAAAAUAUUAAAAAAAUAUGGGAUAAAUUGAAUUCACUUUUGGGUAACGAUAAACAAUCUUUAGAUGAUAUUAUUACGAAAAGUAUGAACAAUCAGAGUAAUUUAACGGAUAUAUGUAACAACUUUGCAGCUACGUUUUCUGAUGAGAUAGAAGAUAUAAAACAUAUUUGUAAUGAUACGUGGUUGGAUAGAGAUACUUAUGUAAGCAAGCCCAGCGUGAGCAUGAGAUGGUCACCAGUCAGCAGCAAGCAGGUAGCUAAAGUUAUAAGUAGCUUAAGUGCCGAUAAGUCUGCUGGUAGCGAUCUCGUACGCAUGCGGGACUUGAAGCUUGUGGUAGAGCAAAUUAGCCCCGUUAUUGCUAAGUUGACUAAUUUAUGUGUAAAACAUUCAAAGUUUCCCGAUAAACUUAAAGAAGCAUUAGUGCGUCCGAUACAUAAGAAAGGUGAUAAAAAGAACUACUCUAAUUAUAGACCAAUAGCUAUUUUAUCCAGUAUUGAUAAAAUCAUAGAGAAGUGUAUUAUUAAUCAAAUUGGAACUUUUUUACGCUCUAAUAAUGUAUUAAGCGAAUGUCAACACGGCUUUCAGAGAGGAAAAAGCACGGGCACACUUCUGUCAAAGUUCACAGAUGAAGUUAAUAAUUAUUUAAAUGAUAAAAACAUAAUUCUGGCUGUAUUUUAUGAUUUUAAAAAGGCCUUCGAUACCCUGCAGCAUGAGACGCUGUUACGAGCCAUGGAGGAGUGCGGGGUGGGGGGGCCGCUGAACCGCUGGUUUCGUGACUACCUCACUGCGCGUUCCUUCUCCGUGCGUGUUGGAGAAGCGCACAGUAUACCGGUGGAUGUACGCUGUGGCGUUCCGCAGGGAUCCGGGUGUGGACCUGUGUGCUAUUUGAUGCACGUAAACAGCCUAUGUAACGUGCUCAAACAUAGUUCCGCUCACAUGUUCGCAGACGACCUGUGCACGCUGCACGCGGGCACCGACCUCACCGCCAUGCUGCGGCUCGUGCAGCAGGAUAUCGACAGUGUAGUCAGAUGGUCUCAUGAUAACGGCAUUGUACUAAAUACUGACAAAACUAAAUUAUUAAUUAUUCAUUCCCCUUAUUCUAGAUUACCGGAUAACGUUUGUUGUAACUUAGUUACUCAUAGUUUCACUUGUCUUCAUAGUAAUAAUAAUAUUUGUGACUGUAAACCUAUCGAAAGAGUACCAUUUGUGACCUAUUUGGGUAUGAGAGUGGACGAGCAUUUUGCUUGGACCUACCACAUAGAUUAUAUAUGUAAUAAGUUAAGAAUACUACUUGAUAAAUUCUAUCAUCUCAGAUUUAAAGUUCCUACUAAUAUACUAAAAUGUAUGUAUAUGGCUUUGGUUGACUCCAUAGUGUCCUAUGGGCUGGAUUGCUAUGGUUUAACCUUUAAGUCACAUAUAAAUAAAAUAGAAUCACUUCAAAUAAGAUUUCUCAAAUUACUAGUCAGUAGGAAAACAAAAAAUAAGUGUAAUGGAAAUUAUACAACACUAUUUAAGAUUUGUAAUGUACUUCCUGUUAGUCUAAAGCACACCUAUUUAUUAAUAUUAAAUAACCAUAGCAAUCCAGACCAUAGAGAACUUGUUGAGCAUGGCCAGUGUACGCGGACGAUGUCGACGGGCAGGUAUGUUGUACCACGAGUCAACAACUACUUCGGUGACAGAACACUCCGUAAACGCAUACCGUAUCUGUACAACAUGCUGCCGGUCGACAUACGUCAGGAGUGCAAUAUAAAUAAAUUUAGAAAAUCUUUAUUUAAACAUCUCAUGCAAAAGAUCUCUUAGCUAUAAGUUAACUUUAAGUAUCUUAAACAUUAAGCGAACUCCACUCCCACAGACAAACCGAGGAAUUGGUUUUGUGGGGUUUUUAUUGUACCAAUAUUUUCUGUAUUUCUUAUGAAAAAUAAACAUUUUUACAAUUUUUUACAAUUUUACAAUUAUCAUUACAUGCAAGUCUCAUCAGUAGAGGUUCUUGGACCAAGUUCCAAGUUGCUGAUAAGCUUAUAUGCAAUAUUGUAUUUGUAUUUGUAUUUGUAAUACCGUAAUGACUUGCUAAUGAUGACGAUUUCUUGCAAUAGGCAAUAGCUUAGGCGGUCUCUAUCGGAGAGGUGUCUAUUUAUUUUUCUUGUUAUUAUCACUCAGAUCAAAUUCCGGAAGCAAUAUAAAAAAAUCGGUAAGAUACUUUUGGAAGGGGUAAAAGGCAUGAAACUUGAACUUCGCUACCGAGAAAGAAUGGCGCUGCUGAUGUAAAUUGACUAUAAUUUGCUUACAUAAAGAUUUUUUUUGGUUUUUUUUUUUUAUAUUUCGGAUUCUGGAAAAGAUCCUCUUUAAAAUGAUAUACAAUAUGAUACAAAAUUAUUUAUGUAGACUUAGUUAUCCAGCAACAAAUCUUGAGCCGAUUUUAGCACCCACUGUAUUUUAUCACAUUUUUAGCCAGGACAAACAUGGCCGUAAAAAAAGAACCCCGGGACAGAAUCUGAUAGAACUUUGCCAGAAUUAUAGGGAAAGCAUAAGCUUUCAUUACAUGUAAGUCCCAUCAGUGGAGGUUCUUGGACCAGAUUCGCCCAUUCUCCUUUUUGAAUUUGAUUUUAGGCGUUGGCUCUUCCUCCAGUCCCUUUCAGUCCAUAAUGUCAAAUUCCCAAAAUGUCAAGUGGUUCAAAAUGUCAAGUUAUCCGUAAUGUCAAAUUACCAAAAUGUCAAGUUCCCGAAAAGUCAAGUUCCCAAAAUGUCAAGUUACCCGUAAUGUCAAAUCACCAAAAUGUCAAGUUCCCGAAAUGUCAAAUAUACGAAGAUAAGUUUUCUGGAAGAAAUCGCUUUCAUGUUCGUGUAUAUGUCGUGUUUUAUCUAUCUAUAGGUAUA